UCAAACAAUUGGUUUGUUCUGAAACCAACAUCUUAAGUUCGGGCGGUAUAUUUCUGUCAUUGUCAUUUGCAUUAAAAUAAAUAAAAGCAAUAUAUUCCUAUUUUCAGCAUAUUUUUAACACAACUAGCUUACCACCAACAUAAAUGAAGCUUCUAAAGCCCAGUUGGGUUAAUCAUGAUGAUAAGCCAAUAUUUUCUGUGGAUAUUCAUCCAACGGGAAAACGUUUUGCUACUGGUGGACAAGGCGGGGACUCCGGGAGAGUUGUUGUUUGGAACUUAAACUCUGUUUUAUUUGAAACUGUUGAAGUGGACCCAAAUGUACCCAAAAUGCUCUGUCAAAUGGAUAAUCACUUAGCUUGUGUGAACUGUGUGCGGUGGAGUAAUGGUGGCCGAUACCUGGCAUCAGGGGGUGAUGACCGACUUGUGAUGGUGUGGGGACUGAGUGUUGCUCCAUCAGCUCCUGGGAAACACAAAGCCGAGACAUGGAGAUGCUUAGCUACAUUAAGAGGACAUGCUGGGGAUGUCCUAGACCUAGCAUGGUCACCACUAGAUAAAUGGCUGGCAAGUUGCAGUGUUGACAAUACUAUUAUAAUAUGGAAUGCAGUGAAGUUUCCGGAGAUGGUCUGUGUACUCAAUGGACAUAAAGGUCUAGUCAAAGGUGUUGCAUGGGAUCCUGUUGGUAAAUAUUUGGCAUCUCAAUCUGAUGACAAAUCACUAAGAGUAUGGAAGACCGCGGAUUGGGCACAGGAAACUGUUAUAACAGAGCCAUUUGAGGAAUGUGGUGGCACGACGCACGUGCUGCGCCUGUCGUGGUCUCCGGACGGGCAGUACGUGCUGUCGGCGCACGCGAUGAACGGCGGCGGGCCCACCGCGCAGGUCGUGGAGCGCGACGGCUGGCGCUGCGACAAGGACUUCGUGGGCCACCGCAAGGCUGUCACCUGCGCUCGGUUCAACAACAACAUAUUCGUGAAGGAAGGCAAGAAGUGCUGCUGCGCUGCGGUGGGCUCCCGCGACCGCGCGCUCUCCAUCUGGCUCACUUCACUGAAGCGGCCUCUUGUUGUUGUACACGACCUCUUCAGCGACAGUGUCCUCGAUCUCUCUUGGAGCUCGGAUGGUUUAAAUCUAUUGGCGUGUAGUUCAGAUGGCACAGUCGCCUGCAUACAGUUUACUAACAAAGAGAUCGGAACACCUUUAACACUCGAUGAAAAGAACGCAUUCUACGAGAAGAUAUACGGGAAAUGUCUAGUGAACGAAUCAGGUGGUGAUUUGACUUCGAAUUUGCUGGUGGAAUGUCCAGAAAUCUUGCUGGCGCGAGAAAAGCAGGAAGCCAAGAAGGAGGCUGUCAAAGAGGAAAUCACUCCCAAGAGUGAUAAGUCACAGAGCGUGCCGGCAGUGACGUCACCGGCGGGCAGCACCGGCGGCAGCAUGGGCGCGCUGGCCAGCACUCCACUGCGACCCAUGGACUUAUGUGUGAUGUACACUUUACCAGUAUACUCAGUAGCGUUCUGUACCUGGACUGAUCAACUGGCACAGCGUGAACUGUGUCAGGUUACUUCUAGUAUUAUAGAUGAGUUUCUGUCCAGCGAGUCCCUGGGGUCGCAGCCGGGCGGCGGCGAGCACUGCUUCAGCACCUCCUCGCAGAGCAAGUCGCGCAUCCGCGUGGAGCGCCGCGACGACAUCGUCAUACAUCCCAACGUCAGCAACCACGCCACCUCGCACAACAACGACAAGUCAGUAAAUAACAUAUAUUUCCAUUCCCAUGAGCCCUUUUAGUACAUGUUAGAAUGC